GAAACGCGCUCUGGGGUGAAAGAAGAAUAAAGCCCACCCUUGUGGGGUGGAGAUGAGGGGUGCGGGGUCGGCAGGGGUUUGGCCUCGCGGUUUCCAGCUCCGCCACGCCGGCCUGAGCUCCCCAGCCGCUUUCCUUCCUUGCUUUAGCCGUAGGAUGGUGGAGGGGGGCGUGUUUUUGAGCCUUCUCUCCCCAGGCAGCGAAGACUCAUCCUGCCACGCUGCCCCGAUCUUCUGCCCCAGUGACAACCUUCAGAAUCACUUCAAAACAAGCGGCGCUGGCAGGAUGCUGGUCUCCCUGCUCUUCCCCCGAGUGAGCCGGCCCCUUCGAUGCCUCGUCUGGGACUUGCACCGCUGCAGAUGGGGGUUGCGUGGGCAGAAGAGGGCUGGCUGUCCCCGGAGGGGUCUGCAAACCGCAUGGGCAACCUACAGCAGCGACGUUACCCCCGUCUUCACUAGGGCUUUGGCUUUCGGCGAUAAAAUCGCCAUCGUUGACCAAAACGGUGAGCACACUUACAGGGACCUUCUCAGCCAGAGCCUACGCUUGUCCCAGGAGAUCUGUAGAGCUCUGGAGUGCCCCAGCAGGGACUUGAAGGAAGAGAGGAUCUCAUUUUUGUGUCCCAAUGAUGCCUCUUAUGUGGUGGCCCAGUGGGCUUCCUGGAUGAGUGGGGGCAUAGCAGUGCCCCUUUACAAGAAACACCCUGUGCAGGAGCUGGAAUACGUGAUUCAGGAUUCGCAGAGCGCUCUAGUCAUCGCAGCAGAGGAAUAUGUGGGGAAAAUAGCUCCUAGUGCUGAGAAGCUGGGAGUCCCAAUUCUGCCGCUUCUUAAGUCUCAUAGUGAUGGAUCGGCAAGUCAUGCAGCAGUGGAAGAGGGUCCCUUGACAACCUGCUCCUCGUGGAAAGACAGAGGAGCCAUGAUAAUCUACACUAGUGGGACGACAGGAAGACCCAAAGGUGUCCUCAGCACCCAUGAGAAUGUGCAAGCUGUGACCACAGGGCUGGUUGAAAAAUGGGAGUGGAAGAAGGAGGAUGUUAUUCUGCACGUGCUGCCUUUACAUCAUGUCCACGGGGUGAUCAAUAAGCUCCUCUGUCCUCUCUGGGUGGGAGCGACAUGCAUCAUGCUACCCGAAUUCAGUGCACAGAUGGUUUGGAAGAAGUUGCUAAGCUCCCAAGCUCCCCGUAUCAAUGUCUUCAUGGCUGUGCCCACUAUCUAUGCCAAGCUGAUAGAAUAUUAUGACAAGAAUUUCUCUCAACCGCAAGUCCAGGAUUUCGUGCAUGCCUUUUGCCAAGAGAACAUCAGGUUAAUGGUGUCAGGCUCAGCAGCCCUGCCUGUGCCUGUCUUGGAGAAGUGGAAGAGCAUCACUGGGCACACGUUGCUGGAGAGGUAUGGGAUGACUGAGAUUGGGAUGGCGCUUUCUAACCCUUUGCAUGGAGUCCGCGUCCCAGGUUCUGUGGGCACCCCGCUUCCAGGGGUGGAAGUGCGCAUUGCCACUGAGACCUUGAAGAAUGGUGGUCGUUCCUACACCAUCCAUGCUCAGGGAGAUGAAGACAACACACAGGUGACACCGGGUCUCGAGGGCCAAGAAGGGGAGCUGCUUGUGAAGGGCCCCUCCGUCUUCCGCGAGUACUGGAACAGACCCAGAGAAACAGCGAGUGCCUUCACACCCGACGGCUGGUUUAAAACAGGAGACACGGCAGCCUACAAAGACGGCGUUUACUGGAUCAAGGGCCGCACCUCGGUCGACAUCAUCAAAAACGGGGGGUUCAAAAUCAGCGCUCUGGAGGUGGAGCGUCACCUGCUCGCGCACCCGCACAUCACAGACGUAGCUGUCAUCGGGCCCCCGGACAUGGUCUGGGGCCAGCGGGUCAGCGCUGUCGUGCAGCUGCGCAAGGGCGAGAUGCUCUCCUUGAAGGAUCUGAAGGACUGGGCCAGGGACACCAUGGCACCUUACACCAUCCCGACUGAGCUGAUCGUGGUGGAGGAGAUCCCGCGCAAUCAGAUGGGAAAAGUCAACAAGAAGGAGCUUCUCCAGCGCUUUUACCCAGCCUAGUGCGUGGCCUCAGGCCACAGCUGGGAGCCUGGGGGGUCUCUGCUCCUCUGCCGCAUCCAUUCUCCCCCCACAACAGCGCUGACGAGGUGCCAGCAGUGAGGAGCAGUGGCAGGUCUGGGCUCACUGCGGUCUGGUCCGUGAAUAAAGCCCAACAAAAAGCA